AUGCACGUGCACAUGCGCGUCCUUGCAGGGGCGCGGGGCGCGCGGGCCCAGAUGGAGCGCGACAAGGCGGUGGCGCGGCUGGGGCUGGGGCUGGUGGCUGAGAUGCCCCGAGAGCUGCUGGUCGACGCAGUGCAGGGCGCCUGCAUCGCGCUGGAGCUGCCGGACCCGGCCCAGCUGUCGUCCAAGCUGAGGCGUGUGGUGUCGGUCCUCAGCGCGGUGCCUCAGCUCGAGGCCUUCGUGGCAGAGGUGUGCGGCCUCGUGUUCAGGUCCGGCGUGGCCUUCUGCCCCAAAGAGCUCACGCGUGCCCCCGGCGGCGUCAACCCGGGCGCCGCGCCGCGCGCGCUGGCGGCCUGGCUGCGCGGCCUGCGGCAGGGCGACGAGAUGCGGGCGCUGCUGCUGCGCCUGCGCGGCGCGCUAGCGGCGCGCAGCGGCGGCGGCGGCGGCGCAGUGACGGGAGCCUCGGCGGCGGGGGCGAAUGGUGACGGAUCUCAAACGGAUUGGGAGGCGGGGGCGGCGGAGGUUCUGGCGGGCGGGCGGCAGCUGGUGGCGGAGGUUGAGGAACUGGUGUCAGCCGAGGCGUCCGCCAUGGCCGCACACGAGGUGCUGGCGGCCGCAGAGGGGCUGAUGGCGGACCGUCCAGAGGGCCUGCUGCAGAAGCUUCUGGGCCACGCGCAGAAGCUGCUGGACUGCCCCGACCUCGAGGGCGUCAUCCCCGCCCUCAACCGCCUCUACGUCUCCCACUCGGAGCUAUCGAAUCUGUUCAGAUCCCUCUCGUCGCUGCUGGCCCUGCCGGCCGACGCGGGGCCCGCGGCGGCGGUCGGCGCGAUACGCCAGCUGGUGGCUGCGGCGGGCAGGUACCAGCGCCUGGCGGCGCAGCUGUUUGAGGUCCUGAGGGUCAGCAGCCUCGAGGAGGUCCUGCCCGCGCUGACUCAGCGCCUGGCGCCGGGGGCGGCGCCGGGGCGGCCGCGCGGUCUGGAGGGGGCGGCGGCGCCGCCGGCGCGGUGA